AUGGCCGACGUAUCAGUGGGCAUUAUCGGCAUGGGUGAUAUGGGGAAGAUGUACGCUAGGAGGAUCAGUGCUGCUGGAUGGAGAGUGAACGCAUGUGAUGUACCGGAGAAGCAUGAGGCAUUGAUGGAGGAGUUCGCGGAUAGUGCCAAUGUUAAUAUCAUGCCAAACGGCCACCUCGUCUCCCGAAGUAGCGACUAUAUCAUAUAUAGUGUUGAAGCCAAGAAGAUUGAUGAAGUCGUUGCGAAGUUCGGCCCUUCGACCAAACUCGGAGCCGUUGUUGGUGGACAGACAUCUUGCAAAGCCCCUGAGAUUGCAGCAUUCGAAAGGCACCUACCUACUGACGUCCAGAUCGUGUCUUGUCACUCUUUGCAUGGUCCUGGAGUGAACCCGCAUGGUCAACCGCUCGUAAUUAUACAGCAUCGCGCAUCUAACGAGAGCGUAGAGCGCGUCAAGAAAAUACUGUCCUGCCUCGGGUCGAAUUAUGUCUACCUUUCGGCUGCUGAACAUGACCGUAUCACGGCUGACACGCAGGCGGUGACCCAUGCGGCAUUCUUGAGUAUGGGAGCUGCGUGGGCAGCUAACAAGCAGUUUCCCUGGGAGAUCGCGCGCUAUAUCGGAGGUAUUGAGAAUGUCAAAAUAAACGUCACGCUCCGCAUCUACGCCAACAAAUGGCAUGUUUACGCUGGUCUCGCAAUCCUCAACCCCUCCGCUCAGCAGCAAAUCAAGCAGUAUGCCCAGUCUGUAACCGAGUUGUUCAAGUUGAUGCUCGGCGGUCAUCGAGAAGAGUUGACGCAGCGUAUCAAGACCGCUGGUGCAGCUGUCUUCCCAGAAGAUACCCUAGGAGAUCUCCUUCUGAGAGACGAGGUCCUGGAUCGAUUCUCGUUGGGAGAGUUGCCGCCGGAACGUGUAAGGAAUAACCACCUCAGCCUUCUGGCGAUGGUAGACUCAUGGUGGAAGCUUGGGAUCGUGCCGUACAGGCAUCAGAUCUGCUCUACACCGCUCUAUCGCAUGUGGCUUGGCAUCACCGAAUACCUCUUUCGCAAUCCUGAGCUACUACAGGAAUGCAUUGACACGGCCAUUGACGACAACACGUUUCGCGCAGACGACCUCGAGUUCACAUUUGCGGCCCGCGAUUGGAGCGAAAGGGUCAGCUUCGGAAAUAUGGAUGGAUAUAGAGAGAAGUUCGAACAGAUUCAGCAGUACUUCGCCCCGAGGUUUCCUGAAGCUACAAGGCUGGGUAACGAGAUGAUCAAAACGAUCUUAGAGAAGACCCGAGAGACAUGA